AUGACACGACAGGCCUUCCCUGUGGGCAGGAGACCAGGGCAGGGAGUGCCUGGGCUGAGCAGCCAGAUGGCCGGGGGUGACCCAGCCCUGCCCUCACAUGGGGGUGGACACGGGCAGCUAUGGCCCCCAAGUCCUCGGGUCCCCCCAUCCAAGGGGAAGUGUCAGGGCCCUGAAGGGGCAGCUCAGCGGACCCGGUAUCAGAGGGCCUCUGGUGUCUGGCAUACAGCAGGCACUCAUUUACUACCUGACCCCCUGACCCCCACCGACCUCUCAGGUGUGCAGAGCUCCGCUCACCUCCUGCCCACCCACCCCCAUCAGAUCACACGGUCCCCAGGGCCGUCCUUCCCAACCCCUAAAACCUCAGAACCAGGACCAGGCUCCUCCUCCACCUGUUCUGGAGGGAAUCCCCGCCACCCAGUCCUCGGGACACCCCAGCCUCCUACGUUUCCUCCCUCUUCCCUCUUCCUAGCGGCCAAAGAGUUCCUUGGACCUGGAGUCCCCUCAAAGGAUCUGGGGAGCCCAAGUGCCCUCAGGGGAGACACUUCGUUCCCUCAAGGCACCCACUGCGCGCACUUCAGGUCUCAGGGGCUCCCAGGCAGCGGUUCCGGCGCCCCGUUGCCCAGAAGUCACCUGCCCCUCAGCCCUGGGCGCCUGGUCCCUCCCCUCGGCGACCCCCGCGGCGCCACCCCGCCGCCCUCCUCCACCCUCCCUGCGCCCCUCCAGCGCCCUAAGGGCUCAGACCCUUCGGAGCUGCGGCCGCGGGACUGA